AUGAUGGGCCAACUUGGGCCAAUGUUUGUCAGAGGAGUGGUGGGUCAUUUUGUGGUGGCUGGCCGUCGGCUGGUGGGGUGGUGGGCGGUGGCGAGCGUCAGUGUCAGUGCUCAGCGGAGCCCCCUCGGCUGGGCCAUGGGCAGCUCGCAACGCCUGGCCGCUGUGGCAGCGGUGUCACACGCUAAACACUACUACAACCACACGAGGCCCGACGCCGUACAGACGGUGGAUGCUCAUUACACCGUCAAUAUAUUAUUCGUCAGUGCAACUCUCUGCGGAGUGUUGGUAGCUGUGUGUGCAGCUUGCUGGCGUCGCUCGUCCUCCAACAAGCCGGAGGAGGUGGCAGAGUGUGGAGUGUACACUGUCAGCGCUGACGCCAGGCUUACACAGGACUUCAACAAUGAUGAGAUACCCGGCCCACCGCCGGCAUAUGAAUCCGUUGUAAUAACUGAAGGUGCUUCAACGCUAAAAGAUAGUUAUGUCUUAGAGGAUGUCAAAACGGAGCCAUGCAAUAAAUGCAAAAUAAGAAUCGACAGCGGCCUACCGAGCUACGAAUCAGCGGUUAUGCUGCGUGAUACAAAAUUAUAA